AUUCACCCAUUUUGUUUACUAUUGAUUUGUGUCCGGCCCAUGCUGUAUACCGACUUUUUCCACUCUGACAACCUCUAUAUAGGUAUGGUACUAAUAAAACCCAGCCUUAUGGUUAGCAGCGAAGCCAAAUAAUACCUCCAAGAUGUAGAUAAAGGACGCAAACAGUAAUGGAGAUGAGGGGCCGCCCGAGCACCGCUGAUGGAGACGCUGGCAAGUACCCAUGGACUAGAGGGUGGCGUGGGGGGCAGCAACGGUGGUGGGGGGGCGGCAACAGCAGCGAUGUCACGAUGUGAUGGCCCAGCCACCAGCCUCCCAGACCCCUCUGCUACCAGUGCCCCCCCCACCACUACCCCGUGCUGCCUCACCCUCUCACGUAGCUGCAUUGGGGCCAGUUCCUGUGAGACUGUGACUGUCAGGUGGUCUAUGCCCCCUGACUGUGCUGCCUCACCCCAUGACUGGCUGGGCCUCUAUGUAGCGGGAGAGAGUGAAGCUGACCGGUGCCUCGACCAGCGGAGGUGCAGCGGCCAGCCUCAGGGGGAGGUUUCCUGGAGCCUUGAUGUGCCAGUUCUUCUCCCAAGAAAUGUUGGAAGUGUAGAGGUGCGGUACCAGCGUGGUGAGGGUGCUGCCGUCACUUGUCUGGGGGUGUCAGCAGUACUGCGUGUGGUGAGGCUCAGUGACGGCUCUGCUUCUGAUUCCUCCGAAGAUGAGGCUCUCCUCCACCCGUCCCUAACCCUCCAGCGUUGCAUUUCCUGCACCAGACUCAUCCGCUUCACCAUCUCCAACUUUGCCGCCCAUGGACUGCGAAGGGGAAUAUUCUUCCAGCCAGAUCCCUAUGUGAAACUGCGCAUUCUUCCCGGAGAGUCCCAGACACUCCUACCACAUCACGGACAGGAAGCGCGGUCUUGUGUGGCUGAGAAUACCGUCAACCCUUCUUGGAAGAGGCAGGAAUUCACUUUUAUUGGUUACCUCCAUGAUGUCCUGGAGAUUGAGCUCAAGGACAAGUUUGCCAAGAGCCGGCCAAUAAUCAGCCGCUUUCUUGGCCGCCUCACCAUUGAAGUGGCCACACUCAGGGAGCGCCUCAAGAGCGGAUCAUCAGGACACUUAGACUUUGCACUGGGAAGUAAAAGUACAGGGGAGUCAGUGUCUGGUCACGUGUACUUCACUGUAACCUUCACUUUGCCUCCUGUGGCCAGUGCACCUUGCUCUGGCCACGGAGGGCUUGAGUGCCCGGGGGAGCUGGACAGGAUGAGGCUCAAGAGUGAGUCUCUCCUGGACUCUCAUGGUGAUCAGGAACUCAUCAGUAAUGGCCAUGUGGGGUUCAGGAAAAAUCCACUCAAGUCCAACAACAACAGUUCAUCUGCAUCAUCAAUGAGCAAUGGUAUGGGAAGCAGCUUUGGGGAGGAAGAGGUGGCUCUCAAUGGGGAAUCAGGCCUUGGGGAAGCUAGGCUGGACAAUGGGCAGGACUACACUAGCUCCAGUAGUAGGGAGUCUGACUACUCUCCAAUCUGGAAAUACUCUUGCAAAGUUCCUAAUGUUACCAGUAAAGGAAAAGUCACUGAAAACAGAGGGGAAGAAGCCAUAUAUGAAACAGUGUAUCCAGCAGAGGACUACCAGACUCAGGAGGGGGAAGUACCAGAGGCAGUUCCUAUUCUUCCCCAGAGUGAUGAGGACUCCCCACCACCCCUUCCACCACGAACUAAAUCCCUAAUGAAGUCCUUCACUGAAAUGGGCCACCGACCUUUGGCUCGCUCCAUGGCUGUUCAACUGGGCCUUGCCCCCACAUUCCCCACAGUGGUCAGGAAACGGCCACUGCCACUUCCAGAUCCUCCAGGAGGUGAUCAAAUGGUGCCAUUGAAUGGAUCUGUUAAGGAUAUGAGUAGUGCUGGUGAGCCCAGUGUCCGACCCAAAGCUCCAGUGCUCAGUGCCAGCUCACAGUCCAGUUGUGAUAGUGAGAGUAGUGGAGCAAGCUAUGGAGAUAGCAAAAGAAUGCAAUAUCCUUUAGAUGGGUCAUUUUCUUAUGAUAUUGUGGACUUAGAUGAAGUUUUACAGAUUUCAGAAAUGUCAUAUAAUCAAACUGAUACAGAUAGUCAGUGCCAAGCAGGAAAAUCUUUAACUCAGGGACCUAGUUCAUCUUUGCAAUCUUCUUCUUGUGCUUCCAUGGAAAGUGAUCCCUCAGAGGACAUAGUAAGACCUUCUGCAUUCAGUGAUGCACCAGAGGAAGUAAUGGAUUCAGUCAGUGGAGGAAGUGUAAAAAACAGAUCAUGUGCCACAGUGGCACCACUAGCAACACCAGAGCAGGAUUCUAGUCUCCUUCAAGAAACAGCUUCUACAGAUACGUUACUGGAGAGCUCAGAAGUGCUAGACCUUGAUGGGAGCAAAGGCUGCAGUGGAAGCUCCUAUGUACCUAAAGCAACAGAUAGUGAGUGUAGUGUUAUACCAAGCAAUGCUCAGAAUGCUUGUGCAGAAAGCUUUAAUAUUAAGGAACACUCAUUCCCAGAAAUAGCAAAUAACCAAAGUGAUUCUUUAUCUAGUCCAAUAAAUGUAACAUACAUGUAUGGUGUGACAGCCAGUGCUCAAGAAAGGCGGAGUUCAUUUGUAGCAAAUCUAACUGGUGAUAGUGUUAACCAAACAGUUAUAUGUGCAAAUAAUGUCAAUACUCAUGAUGAUUGCGAAGUAAGAACUCAUGCAAAUUUGUCACGGUGCAAAUCAGAUUCAGUGCACUCAGACGUCCCUGACCAAGAAGCAACGUCAGGGUUAAGGGUUUCCAGGGAGGGAUCAGUGUCUGGCAGGUCACCAUCUCCUAGACUCAGUGAUUCACUCCAAGUAUCAAGUUCCACCUCAGAGUCAAUCUCUCCUGCUGGGGGUUCCACAUCUUGUUCCUUGUCCUCCCAGGCAGGGGAUGAUGGCAGGAGAGGAUCAGAGUCUACUUGUAUGGUUGUAAGCACUGGAAGUUCCUCCUCCAAUUCAGUGUUUGCCAGUCCAACCACAGAGACCAAUGAUUUAGACCUGGUGUCAUUGGUCUCUGCAGCACAGUUUGUGGACAUGAACAUUCCAUCAGGCACUUCUAGAGAGCCUCAGACGCCUGGGCAGGAACCUGUAGAAGCCAGUGUGCGGCCAAGGAAGGAUUUGUCCACUCAGGUUCCUACAGUGAAUGAUGGGGAUGAUGAUAUUCCACCAGCUGUGCCACCUCAUAAGCCUCACCACUGCCCUAAAGCUUUGGUGCAUCCACCUUUGUGUCCUCCUACUCCAACACAUCGUGCCAAGCCACAGCCUCCUGAGCGUACUACCAGUGACAGGCGAGAGAGGGACACCAGUGGCUUUGGAAGGGAAGAAGCUUGGGAAAAGGAAGACAAGUCUCUCCCAUCCCAUCAUCCCAAGUUAUCUCGACAGCCAUCUCUCAGGGACUGGCUGAAAAAAUAUCCAAAAGUUGAAGUAGCAUUUGAUGAACCAUUACCAGCCAAUGUUGAGGCUCGGAAAGACAGUCAUGGCAGAAUAUUUUUCAUUGACCAUAUUGCCAAGACCACUUCAUGGGAGUGGCCACCUCCCAAGCCCCUUCUCACCCACCGACCACUUUUCUUUGUUCCUCAGGUGGAUGAAGGAAAAAGGCGAUCUUACUGUGAGAGUGGUGAGAGUGAAUGCAGUGGCAGUCGGGCAAGCAGUCGGGUGGUGACUCCAGAGCCCUCCACUCCAACAUCAGCAACAGGUGUGACACCAACAACUGUAUGUCCCAGUCCUGACCACUGUGAGGAGGGAGCAGCAGCCAUUGUUACCUCCCCUCCACCACCUCUACCUCCACCAUCACCACCUCCACCUCUUCCCCCUUGUGAGUCAUCAAAUGGAGCAGCUUUAUUGACUGGGUCAGCUGUUACUCCUUUUGGAGCAACAGGUGGUUGUACCCAAGCUGGAGAAACCACGCCAGUUGAGAUUCACGAGGACAGAAGACGACAGGAAGAGUCCAGAGAUGGCAGCGAUGAUGAGAAGGCCCCUACACCUCCCCCUCGACCUCAUCAUCGCCUCUCUCGUCCCAUACCUCCCCAUCCACCACCCUUGCCCCAGCAGUGCCCCCCAACCCCAACACAUCAUGCCCGCCGCUCCCACACAUCUGCUGGUGGAAGUGAUCAGGAGAUUGAGCGGCAUGGACGCACCAUGCGCCUUCCCUCUAUUCCUGAAAGAACUAUUAAGUUUCAAAGGGUAGAGACCCAACCCGGGGAGGAGCCAUUGCCUGUCAAUUGGGAGGCUCGCAUUGACAGCCAUGGCCGCAUCUUUUACAUUGAUCAUAUUAACCGCACCACCACAUGGCAGCGACCGUCUGGCAACGAUUCAGCUCAGACUCAGAGGAACCAGUCUACAGAUCGUAUUCAGAGGCAGCAGCUUGACAGAAGAUAUCAGAGUAUUCGUCGAACCAUCACCUCAAGACGGAUAGAAGUUGAGGAAGUGCCUCCAGGUGCUGCAUCUGCUGCUACUCUUCCCUCCUCAGCAUCAACACCUUCACUAGCAACAGCAGCAGGUCCUCCUCAGGCAAUGUCAUCCUCCACCACAUCCUUCACCAGCAGUGCAGCUCCACCAGAUCUCUCACCUUCAACACCUUCAGCUGUUCAGUCACCUACAUCAACUACCUCUACAGUUUCUUCUACCACUCUUCCUACUCCUUCAAGUUCAGGAACCUCUUCCUCGUCUACUCCUUCAUCUUCCACAUCUUCAUCCUCUUCAUCCUCCUCAGUAACCAGUGAGAGGCUUGAUAUGUUGCUACAGUUACCAGCUGUCAAGUUCCUCACCAGAUCAGAUUUCUUCAGUGUCCUCCACAUGAAUGAUGAAGCAUGUUGUGUGUAUGAAAGGAGUGCAUCUCUCAGACACAUGAUCUCUCGAAUUCGUCGAGACCCAGCAGCCUUUGCUCGCUAUCAACACAAUAGAGAUUUAGUCAGCUUGGUCAAUCAGUUUGCAGACAUAGAACGCGAUCUACCACGAGGCUGGGAGGCAAAGUACGACCGGUCAGGAAAGCUGUUUUUCAUAGAUCAUUCUAGCAAGACCACUUCCUUCAUGGAUCCCAGACUACCCAUUGACGUACCAUUCAUCAAUGCCAGCAAGCUAGCUUUGCCAAGCACCCACCAUCGCAGGUCUCGCUCUCCUGCUGAAGAUGAUGGUUCUCGGGUGCCCAUUCCCCCGCCACGCCCACCCACCACUAUUGGCAGUGUUUGUGGGGGCAUCGCUGCACACGUCACCCCUAACAUUCCUACUGCCUACAAUGACAAGGUGGUUGCUUGGCUGCGUCAGCCAAAUAUUAUGGAUAUCCUGUGUGAACGUCACAGUGGUCUGCGCACCUCCCCAGCACUCAGGGAUAAGGUCACAGCCAUCAGGAUGGAUGGAACAGCAGCUCUUGAUCGUCUCAGUCAUGAUGUAGACCUCAUCAUAGUUCUAAGUUUAUUCGAACAUGAGAUCAUGUCGUACGUGCCUCCCUCUGUGGGUAUGUCCCCACGUGGCUCCCCCCAGCCCUCUCCCCAGGCCUCCCCCGGACUGGCUCGAGCCAAUGCUCGGGCUCAUGCGCCUUACCGGAGGGACUUUGAGGCCAAGCUCAGGAAUUUCUACCGGAAACUAGAGGGCAAAGGCUAUGGGCAAGGGCCAAAUAAGCUAAAACUCAAUAUUCGUCGUGAUCACCUGCUGGAAGAUGCCUUCAACAAGGUGAUGGGUGCAAGUAAAAAGGAUCUCCAGAAGUCCAAACUGUAUAUAACAUUCCAUGGUGAAGAAGGAUUGGACUAUGGUGGACCAUCCAGAGAAUUUUUCUUUCUUUUGUCAAGAGAAUUAUUCAAUCCAUAUUAUGGACUCUUUGAAUAUUCUGCUAAUGACACCUACACAGUUCAGAUUUCUCCCAUGUCAGCCUUUGUGGAUAAUUACCAUGAGUGGUUUAGGUUUUGCGGGCGAGUGUUGGGGUUGGCCUUGGUUCACCAGUAUCUAUUAGAUGCCUUCUUCACGCGUCCUUUCUACAAAGGCUUAUUACGUAGCCCUGUCUCACUGUCGGAUGUGGAGUCUUUGGACAGUGAAUUUCACCAGAGUUUGUUGUGGGUAAAGGAUAAUGACAUCACUGACAUGUUGGAAUUAACUUUCUGUGUUACGGAGGAAAUUGGAGGCCAUGUUGUAGAAAAAGAUCUCAAACCAGGAGGGAAGAAUAUUGCUGUCACUGAGAGAAAUAAAAAGGAAUAUCUAGAGCGAAUGGUUCGAUGGAGGCUGGAGCGAGGAGUCAGUGAACAAACCGAGAGCCUGGUGCGUGGCUUUUAUGAGGUGAUUGACCCUCGGCUCGUAGGGGUGUUUGAUGCCCGGGAACUGGAGUUAGUCAUUGCUGGUACACUGGAGAUUGAUGUUGCUGAUUGGAGGAAGAACACUGAAUAUAGAUCUGGCUACCAUGAUUCUCACCCGGUGAUACAUUGGUUCUGGCUGGCCAUUGAGCGGUUUGACAAUGAACGGCGGCUCAGACUAUUGCAGUUUGUCACUGGCACCUCUAGUGUGCCUUAUGAGGGAUUUGCUGCCCUCAGGGGCAGCAAUGGUCCUCGAAGGUUCUGCAUUGAAAAGUGGGGCAAGCCUUCCAGCCUUCCCAGGGCUCACACUUGCUUCAAUCGGCUGGAUCUACCACCGUACCCAUCUCCUGAAAUGUUGUAUGAGAAGCUUCUCCUUGCUGUAGAAGAGACCUCAACCUUUGGCAUAGAGUAAAAGUAUUCACUCUGUCUGCUUUGGGAAGUAAUUUCACGCAAGUACUGCACCACCUCCUCGAAAUGUAGGUAUUCACCAAAUAUCUCAAGAUAACAUAGGAUAUUCAUAGUGGCAGCUAGAGGGAUAUGAUCUGCCAUAUGUCAUGUUGUGUGAUCAUGUUUGUAUGGACUUGGGUGGACUGUUAUCAACUUAUAUUUUAGUUCAAAAAGAUCACACUCACAUAUACAUAUAUCAAUAUGCAAA